AUGCCUGUUUGGUUACUUGUUACUGAUGAAUUUCAUUGGUUCGCUGUGUUGUCUCAUUUCUCUGUUGCUAACGGGCCUGGGCAUGAGAAGAACUGGAAAAAGGGAGCGGGAAAUAUAUACAUACAGAGCGAGAGAUUGGAGAUAAGGAAUCCAUAUAUAUAUAUAUACGCCGUUCUUGUUUCUUGUGGACCAGACGCACGGCGAGGCCGCAACAGUGCGAGCACCAUGAUUGAUCGUGGCCGAGUCCGUCCUGCUGCGUUCCGUAUUCCUUUCAAUGACAAUUUGCCGCUGGAUGCAUCAAAUGGUGGCGCAUCUUUUUUGCUCGUGAUGAUUAUUGCUAUGGCGCCGUUUCUGGUCGGUGUUAUCAACGUGGUCUGGCCCGUGGUGAUGAGAAGUUGGAGACAACUUUGGGGUAACUCUGUGAGUGAGGCCAGACGCACCAUUACAGGGAGAUUUCACCGUUCUGACCCAAUAUAUCGCUGUCGUGAAGGUGGCGCAUGUGAUCACAGUGGUAUUCUUUUCCAUGCGGCACUGCUGUACAUCGCCAGGGGUGGUGGAGGGACGGAAUUAUUAAGCGAGGCGGAGUGGCGAAACAAACCAUCCGUGCUUUUUCUUUUUGAUCCACUCAAGAGUGAUUCUCACCUGCUGAUUGGCCCAAAUUCAUUUGAGGCCGCAGGCAUAUUCCAAUCGAAGGUGGAGGGUCGUGUUUUCUGCGAGCGAGAGCGACUCCACCGGUACACGGUUCUUCGACUCCCAACAUCUGGCACAUGGAUGGCAGUGGGCGAUGGCAUCCAAGUGACGUACCAGCGACAGCGAGAGGAUAAGGAAAAAGUGGGCAGAGUCAACCACAUGCUGCAUUUGAAGGCGGCGGGUCCGAGUGGCUUAAAUCGAAUAGAGAAUUUUGUGUCCCAGUUGUUGCGCCAUUAUGUGACAGCGCUGCCAACCACCACCAACUCCACGAGGUUCUACUUUCAGAUGCAGCUUGGCGGAGACGGGCUUCGCUUUACGAGGAGUCCAAUUCCGUCCGCUAAAACCUUUGACACGUUGUUUUUCCCGCAAAAGCGAGAUGUUUUGUCGCUCCUUGAUCGCUUUCUUCGGAGAGAGGGCCGGUUUGCCGUGGAGGGGGUACCACAAAAAGUUGGAUUUUUCCUGUACGGCCCGGAGGGAACGGGGAAGACUUCUUUUGCUGCGGCUCUGGCGGCAUACACCUCCCGUCACGUUAUUUCUUUGUCCCCCUCACUGUUUUCCACGAAUCAACAGCUGCUUAACGUUUUUUUUGGCUGUCAGCUGGAGUGCAUCGGUGAGAACGAACCCUUCGAGUUUGCCUACAGCGAUGUCAUUUUUCUCCUGGAUGAUGUCGACCCAAGUGAUCCGUUGCUGCGUCGCCGCUCUACCGCGGCAAGUGGGGGACAUUUGAAAGAAACCGGCAACACCUUGAAAUGUGGCGCCCAAGGGCCGCAAUUCAGCGACGCAACUUCUAUUUCUAGUCUUCUUAACGUCCUCGACGGUGUGGUAGAAACACCCUCCCGCAUUGCUGUGAUGACUACACGGGACCCCAGCGGCAUUGACCCCAGCUUUCUGCGACCAGGCCGUUUCGGCUAUAAGAUACACAUGGAUCGCAUGCGGCUACCGGAAUUGCUUGAGCUUUUAGGUCUUCACUACGGUACAGAAGAGAAUUGCGCCACGGAAAUCAAUGCCGACGCCAUUAAAGCGUGGGAUGGAAUGAAAAGCAAUGGAUUCAAAAAGGUUCGACAGCUGGGCCAAGAGGAGAUCAAUAAAGUGCGUCGUUGCAUGGCCAUGGUUGCACCGGAUGAUUUUAGCAUAUCUGCUGCGGUCGCAGAGUCCAUGUGUUUUGCCGCUCCCUCACUGGAUGUGUUUCUUGAUUUGCUUUCUCGCAACCAACACAGUGGCCAAGAAGACGCAUUCAAAAGGUGA